AGCUUCGGGACAGGGAUGGGAAGGAAUUUGACUUGUCCUUUUGGCAUCUCCCCAGCCUGCAGAGCCCAAGCCUCUUGGAGCAUCUUUGGGGUUGACACAGCAGAGGUUCCAGGCACGCACAGCCACUCCAACCAGGAGGCUGCCAUGCCCCACAUUGCUGAGGACGAGGAGCCCCCUGGAGAGCCACAGGCAGCCCAGACCCAAGACUCUCCCUCUGCAGGACCAGUCCAAAACCCUCCCACAAUCAUCCUGACGGGAGAUGCCAGCUCACCUGAAGGAGAAACGGACAAAACCCUGACCGACAGAACUCCCAGCCCCCACCGGAGGCUUUCCCACCGACACCUGAAGGUCUCUAUUGCUUCGCUGACUUCUGUGGAUCCCACAGGACAUGUCAUUGACCUGGUAAAUGACCAGCUGCCAGAAAUCAGCAUCUCAGAAGAGGACAAGAAGAAAAACCUGGCGCUUCUGGAAGAAGCCAAGUCGGUGAGUGAGCGAUUCCUGACCCGGCGCGGGAGGAAAUCGAGGAGCAGCCCCGGAGACUCCCAGUCAGCUGUUUCCUCGAACCACAGCCCUGGAGCAUCUCCUGCACCCUCUAGAAGCUGUUCACUCACCAUCUCCACACCGGCAGGUUUCGACACACACAGUGACCCACAGUCCUCCUCUCUGCUGGGAGCAUUGCCACAGCAGAAGGGGCAUGAGGCCGACAUCUCCUCACUUUGCCUUGGAGAGCCGAAUGUGCCCAAAGGGCUAGCUGACCGGAAACAGAAUGACCAGAGGAAAGUAUCUCAAGGCAGACUGGCUCCUCGCUCUCCCACGGUGGAGAAAUCCAAAGAACUUAGAGUAGAACAAAAAGAAAACUUUGAUCCUCUCCAGCACUCGGAGGCCACGCCCAUGGCUCAGGCUUCCGGAGCAAGUAUCAGUGGGAAAAUGGCACUGAACAGCCCUCAGCCCGGCCCUGUUGAGAUGGAGCUGGCGAGGCAACUCCCGAAGACAGCCAGGGAAGGCAACCCUCUGCCCAGAGCCACAGUCCAGGGCUCAGGAGGAACGGUCAGCCCGCAUUCCCAGGGUCAGAGCUCUGCUGGAGAGUCUGUGGGGCCCAAGGCUGGCUCCAAAGCUGAGCUGCGGUCCCCUGUGUCCUGCUCCCCCCUGAUUCGUGGGGUCUCCUGGGACAGCAGCCCUGAAGAGCCUGGUCCCUUGCUGCAGAAGGUGCUCGCCAAGCUGCCUCUGGCAGAGGAAGAGAAGAGGUUUUCAGGCAAAGCCAAGCCAGCGAAGCCAGCUGGGCUCAAAGACUUCCAGAUACAAGUACAGCCAGUGCGCAUGCAGAAGCUGACCAAGCUCAGAGAGGAACACAUCCUGAUGAGAAACCAGAACCUGGUGGGAUUCAAACUUCCUGAACUGAGUGAGGCUGCAGAGCAGGACAAAGGGGUCUCUUCUGAACUCACCCCAGCAACUGAGGAAGAAGAGUCGAAGAGUGGUCUGGAUGUGAUGCCCAGCAUUUCUGACAUAUUGCUGCGCAAGCUGAGGGUUCACAAGUCACUCACUGGAAGUGCCCCUCCACUCACUGAAAAGGAAGUUGAGAACGUGUUUGUACAACUGUCCUUGGCCUUUAGAAAUGACAGCUACACCUUGGAAUCUAGAAUUAACCAGGCUGAAAGAGAACGCAACCUGACGGAAGAGAACACGGAGAAGGAACUGGAAAACUUCAAAGCUUCCAUUACGUCCUCGGCAUCCAUCUGGUACCACUGUGAGCACCGGGAGACCUAUCAGAAGCUUCUGGAAGACAUCGCAGUCUUGCACCGUCUGGCCGCACGCCUCUCCAGCCGGGCUGAAGUGGUGGGCGCUGUGCGCCAGGAAAAGCGCAUGUCCAAGGCAACGGAAGUGAUGAUGCAGUAUGUGGAGAAUCUGAAGAGGACAUACGAGAAGGACCACGCUGAGCUCAUGGAGUUUAAGAAACUGGCAAAUCAGAACUCCAGUCGCAGCUGUGGUCCCUCUGAAGACGGGGUCCCCCGCACGACGCGAUCUAUGUCCCUCACGAUGGGAAAGAACAUGCCCCGUCGGAGGGUCAGUGUUGCUGUGGUUCCCAAGUUUAAUGCCCUGACCUUGCCUGGCCAAGCCCCCAGCUCAUCACCCAUCCCCUCCCUACCAGCUCUGUCUGAAUCACCCAACGGGAAAGGCAACAUAUCCGUCCCCCCGGCUCUGCCUGCACUUUUGGAAAACGGAAAGACAAAUGCAGAGUCUGACUGUGACGCUUGUGCCCCUGCGCCACUCCCAAGCUGCCCGGAGGAGAUGAGCCAGGAGACUAAGGCCAGGGGAGAGGAAGAAACCUACAACAAAGGAUACCAGGAAGGGGUAAAGAAGACUGAAGAACUGCAUGACCUGAAGGAAGAGGAGGAAGAACAGAAGACGGAGAGUCCUGAGGAACCAGAGGAGGUAGAAGAAAUUGAGGAGGAAGAGCAGGAGCAGAGGAGCAGCAAACUUGAAGAACUGGUCCACUUCCUACAAGUCAUGUAUCCCAAACUGUGUCAACACUGGCAAGUGAUCUGGAUGAUGGCCGCAGUAAUGCUGGUCCUGAGUGCUGUGUUUGGGCUCUACAGCUCCUAUAACUCCUGUACAGAGCAAGCUGACGGGCACGCCGGGAGAUCCACCUGCUCUGCAGCCCAGCGGGACUCCUGGUGGAGCUCGGGACUGCAGCAGGAGCUGCCAGCUGAGCAGUAGGACCUCGGACUCCUCAGCCAUGCCCUGCUCUCGUGCAUCCAUCCCAACACCCUGCCCCCAAGUACAGCACGCCAGGCCCAGGUGUGCGCAUGUGGCUGCCCAUGCCGUCGGGGAACAAGGAGGCUUUCUCCUGUCACUUUUCACCUCCAUGGAAGCUACUCACACACAGUAACCUGAUGCUUUGAAGGGAUAAACAAAAACCGCUCUGGCAAAGUGUCUGGUGGAUAAAGAAUCAGCCUUCACUAAGGACUUUGACCCCUGGCUCAGAUGGAUUGGGAGAAUGGAACCCCCUUCAUUCAGGGGGACGACGAGAAGCCUACUCCCCCUUUUUCCUCCCUAUGUUUCAUGGUCAGGAAGAAGCGUACUUAAUGGCCAGUACUGACCUCAAGGAUCAGACCUGAGACCUGGAGUCAAAGCACGGACGUCUUCCCACUUCCCACUUCAUUUAUCAUGGCUGUUCCUUUGCCUUCUCUCUCCUCUUCAGAGUCGCCAUUUCUUUUCAGAGAGCGAGAAAGCUUUCUUGUAAAAGUACACAGGCUAGAAGUAGCC